AACUCAGGGGCGCUGGUCUUCUGCCUCACAUCCGCAGCUUUGUCCAGUAAACAAACGCCAAAAAGGCCCCAAUUCGCCCGCCCGCGCCGAGGAAUUGCAGAUUCGGAACGAUAAGAAACCAGAACGGAACCGCAGCAUGCUCCCGGACGAGCAGCGAAGAUGAAAUCACCCUCCGCCAUGCUCGAAGACGCAGUCCGCAGCGGUGCGUUCGACGCCGAGACGCAGUCGUGGCCGGCGCUGCGUAGUCAUAUUAUCAGUCUGAUAGAAGACGCGUUCGCGACGCAGUUCACCGCUGCUGCACUCAGACCCCGACCGACAUCUACAUCUACAUCAGCUCGCCAAGACACGGCAGAGACGACAGAAGCAGCGGCAGAGACAGAGACAGAGAGAGAAACAGAAAGAGAAAUAGAUACGGAGACAGGAACAGCAACAGCAACAGCAACAGCAACAGCGACGGCAACAGCACCCAUCGCCAACGGCCCCACAGACCAGCAGACCACAGAGCUCAAACACGUCAUAGACACCCUCAUCAGCGGCUUCCCGACCGCGCCGCCGUUCACGCUGCAACGCCUGGCCGAGCUGGCGAAAUACCCUACCCGGCAUCACAACACGCGCGACAAGUACCUGCGCGCGCUUUCGCGGGUUGUGUCGGUCGAGAGCUGUAUGGGCGAGUUCCGGGACUUUUCAAAUAGCGACGGCACCGGGUUCUCGACGCUGGGACUGAACGGGAAUGAGCCCGAGGUCAAGCUGAGUCCGAUCGAAUGGUUGAUUGAUACGGGAACGCCGCCGCCGCCGGAUGCUGAUGAGGUGGCUACUAACGGGGAUGCAGAGGCGAGCACGCACACAGACGAGGAUGAGCAGAUGGAUGUCGAUUCGACGACGGCGCUGCCAGAAAGUAACGGCGAGUCAGCUGCAGAGCAAACGCAGUAAGAAAUUGCAUCUUGCUACAGUACAACUACUAUUUCCAAUAUGUACAAUAUCUGUAUUAAU